AGACAAUUGUUGGUUGUGACAUCAAAAUACCAACCCUUGACUAUUUUGAUCACCGCCAUAAUAUUGCCUUGUGGGAAUGCAGAACACGCACCAUAACAAAACCAAACGGCCUCACUUCUCGUGAACACUGCCACACAGUCUCCAGUUCUACUAACCUCUCUUUCGGAUGUCUUUGGCUGUCUUCAGUCCUUGCGAUGUUGCUAGCAAAUUGCUCAGCGAAGUGGUCGGCGAGAAAUAUCCAAAAGUGGAUGAUGACGAUAGCAUUGUUGAACCGGUCACCAGUCUCUGCCUUCCUCAACUCUCCUACGAGGAUUUCCAUCAUUUCUCGGUGAUUCCACUUUGGAAUAAAACGUUUCCAUGUCGGCUUGCUACAGAAUGGAACCCGAAAAACAAGAAAGAUGCUCCACCGAAGAAGAAAAAUGCUUUAGUGAUUCUGGAGCGUGUUGCGUCUCGGAGCAACCAAAAUGCAGUAUCACGAGUUAUUAAUAUUUUGCGAUCAAAAGUUCACUUGAUGUUUUCCAGCUCUAAUGAACUUCCGUCCAGCGAGGAUGUUGAACGUUGGAAGAAGUCGCCUGAAACUUUGGCCGCCAGCGAGUACGGUUGCAAUCUAUUCAUUCAGUUUCUGAAAGAACAGACUUCGGAGAAUGAAGUUGACUUUUGGUUGGAUUGCCAGAAGUUCAGAUCCUCAAAGAUGAGUUCGAGACAGAACGAAGCGCGCCGCAUUUUUGACGAGUAUUUUGCCAUGGGUUCUCCCAAAAAGAUCUACAUCGAGAGAUACCUCUGGUGCGUAGUUCAAGCCUAUCUUGUCAAUGAUCCAGGAUGGCGACACACCUUUGAUGUUGCUCAAGCAUACGUUGGCCUGAAAUUGGCGAAGAAGUCGCACAAAAAGUUCCUCGAAGACCCCCUCUACUUGGACCUUGUUGAGUUAGUAACUUCUGGUGUAAAUUACAACAAAUUUUGGCAUGAUAAAUUAGAAUAGGACAAAACUUUUGAUACUUUGCUUUUUUUGUACCAUGUAUCCAUUCCAUUUUAAUAGUUAUUGUCAAAUUUUUGACUCAACAUUUAUUGUGCAUUUUUUGUUUCACAUCCAUGCUCGAGCGACACCAAAUAAAACUGUAGAGCAGAAU